AUGGCGAUGAAGAAAAACAUGUCUCUGUUUUCUUUGGUGCUGCUGCUGCUUCUUGCUGGAGCUCUCGCUCGACUUCAUAAAAAUCAAACACACAACUUAUUGAGUGUUGGUGAGAAAGAAAAGUUGCAGAGGUCGCAGAACGUAACAAUGGCGGACGAGUCGAAUGAAAAGGCUUUGAAUGAGCAUGCCGUGGAUGACCCUGAUCAAGUUGCAAGAAUCGUACAAAUGGCAACUAGCAACAGCACAGAGCGUCGGGGCCUGGGAUUUCUUUCUUGCUCGACCGGCAACCCAAUUGACGACUGCUGGCGAUGCGACUCCAACUGGCAGCGCAACCGCAAGCGUCUUGCAGACUGCGGCAUCGGGUUCGGGCGGGGAGCCAUUGGUGGCCGCGACGGGCGGUUCUACGUAGUGACUGACCCUGGGGAUUACGAUCCCGUCACCCCCCGCCCCGGCACCCUCCGCCACGCCGUCAUCCAAGACGAGCCCCUCUGGAUUGUGUUCAAGCGCGACAUGACCAUCACCCUCAAGCAGGAGCUCAUCAUGAACAGCUUCAAGACCAUCGACGCGCGCGGGACCAACGUCCACAUCGCCAACGGUGCCUGCAUCACCAUACAGUUUGUGACAAACGUGAUCAUCCACGGCCUUCACAUCCACGACUGUAAGCCGACCGGGAAUGCGAUGGUGCGCAGCUCCCCGAGCCACUACGGGUGGAGGACAAUGGCGGAUGGGGAUGCCAUCUCCAUAUUCGGGUCGAGCCAUAUUUGGGUGGACCACAACUCGCUCUCCAACUGUGCGGACGGCCUCGUGGAUGCGGUCAUGGGCUCCACGGCCAUCACCAUCUCCAAUAACUACUUCACCCACCACAAUGAGGUUAUGCUGUUGGGUCAUAGCGAUAGUUACACGAGAGACAAACAGAUGCAGGUGACCAUUGCAUUCAAUCAUUUCGGAGAGGGGCUCAUUCAGAGGAUGCCCAGGUGCAGACAUGGAUACUUCCAUGUGGUUAACAACGACUACACACACUGGGAGAUGUAUGCCAUUGGAGGGAGUGCCGAACCCACCAUCAAUAGCCAGGGCAACCGAUAUCUUGCUCCCCUCAAUCCUUUUGCCAAGGAGGUGACAAAGAGAGUUGACACGCCCGACAACCAGUGGAAGGGCUGGAAUUGGAGGUCCGAGGGUGAUCUCUUGCUCAACGGUGCUUAUUUCACCUCUUCCGGAGCUGGGGCUGCAGCUAGUUACGCUAGAGCCUCAAGCCUCGGAGCAAAGCCGUCUUCCAUGGUUGCCUCUAUUACUUCUGGAGCUGGGGCCCUCCCUUGCCGUAGGGGCCGUCACUGCUAA